GAUUUGACACUUUCAACUACUUCAAAUAGGUUAUUGUCAAGCGGUUUGAGAAUUUCUAGAAUUCUAUACAUUAUCUUAUAAUUUUCUUAUUAAAAUGUCGAACAUUAAUUUACAAUGUUUAAUGGGCAUACAGUGCAAUGAUUUCGUUAUGAUAGCCGCUGAUCAAUCGAAUAGUCACAGUAUUAUGGUCAUGAAAGAUGAUGAAGACAAGAUUCACAGAAUAUCCGAUAAGUUAGUUAUGGGCGUAAUCGGCGAUUCUGGAGACACCACUCAGUUCGCCGAAUACAUCGCGAAGAACAUCCAACUGUAUAAGAUGCGCAAUGGCUACGAGCUCGGGCCCACCGCCGCCGCCAACUUCACUCGACGGAACUUGGCUGAAUACCUCAGAAGCAGGACCCCAUAUUUUGUGAAUCUGUUGAUGGGCGGUUAUGACAAGGAGAAUGGUCCAGAGCUCUACUUCAUGGAUUACCUGGCAUCCAGUGUGAAGGUGCCUUUUGCUGCUCAUGGCUAUGGUGGCUUCCUCAGCGUCAGCAUUAUGGACCGCUACCACAAACCAGAUGCAACUGAACAAGAAGCUUAUGAAAUCCUGAAGAAGUGUGUAGCGGAGGUCCACAAGCGGUUGUUUGUGAGCCUGCCCAACUUCCAAGUGACUGUGGUCAACAGAGAUGGCAUCAAGACCCUACCCACUAUCAAUGCUGCCUCAAUGAAGUAAUUUUAUGUAUUCUAAGAAUAAAGGUCUUUUUCUCAA